AGGUCUGCGCUUCGGCUUCCCCAACCAGGAGUCACCAGGAUGCCCAUUCUGGAAAAAGCCCCCCAUAAGAUGGCAACAACAAGUCCCAGCAGUGAGGAGGAAACUGGGCUGCCCAAACUCCCAGUGCCCCCACUGCAGCAGACCCUAGCCACCUACCUGCGGUGCAUGCAGCACCUGGUGCCUGAAGAGCAGUUCAGGAAAAGCCAGGCCAUCGUGCAGCAAUUUGGGGCCCCUGGCGGCCUUGGGGAGGCCCUGCAGCAGAAGCUCCUGGAACGGCAGGAGAAGACAGCCAACUGGGUGUCUGAGUACUGGCUGAAUGACAUGUAUCUCAGUAACCGCCUGGCCCUGCCUGUCAACUCCAGCCCAGCUGUGGUCUUUGCCCAACAGCGCUUCCAAGACACCAAUGACCAACUGAGGUUUGCAGCCAACCUCAUCUCUGGUGUGCUCAGCUACAAGGCCCUGCUGGACAGCCAUGCCAUCCCUACCGACUGUGCCAAGGGCCAGCUGUCAGGCCAGCCCCUCUGCAUGAAGCAAUACUAUGGGCUCUUCUCCUCCUACCGGCUUCCUGGCCACACCCAGGACACGUUGGUGACUCAGAAGAGCAGCGUCAUGCCUGAGCCAGAGCACGUCAUCGUGGCCUGCUGCAACCAGUUCUUUGUCUUGGAUGUUGUCAUUAAUUUCCGCCGUCUCAGUGAGGGGGAUCUGUUCACUCAGUUGAGAAAAAUAGUCAAAAUGGCUUCCAACGAGGAUGAACGCUUGCCUCCAAUCGGCCUGCUGACGUCAGAAGGGAGGAGCGAGUGGGCUGAGGCCAGGACGGUCCUCGUGAAAGACUCCACCAACCGGGACUCACUGGACAUGAUCGAGCGCUGCAUCUGCCUGGUGUGCCUGGACGUUCCCGGAGGUGUGGAACUCAGCGACACCAACAGGGCACUCCAGCUCCUUCAUGGUGGAGGCUAUGGCAGGAAUGGGGCGAACCGCUGGUAUGACAAGUCCCUGCAGUUUGUGGUGGGCCGAGACGGCACCUGCGGUGUGGUGUGUGAACACUCUCCAUUUGAUGGCAUUGUCCUGGUGCAGUGUGCGGAGCACCUGCUGAAGCACAUGAUGAAGAACAGCAAGAAGCUUGUCCGAGCUGACUCUGUCAGUGAGCUCCCAGCCCCCAGGAGGCUAAGGUGGAAAUGCUCCCCAGAAAUCCAAGGCCUCUUAGCUUCCUCAGCAGAAAAACUGCAACGAAUAGUAAAGAAUCUUGACUUCACUGUUUAUAAGUUUGACAACUAUGGGAAAACAUUCAUUAAAAAGCAGAAAUGCAGCCCCGAUGCCUUCAUUCAGGUGGCCCUCCAGCUGGCCUUCUACAGGCUCCACAGGAGACUGGUGCCCACCUAUGAAAGCGCAUCCAUCCGCCGAUUCCAGGAGGGCCGGGUGGAUAACAUUCGUUCAGCAACCCCAGAAGCACUGAGCUUUGCGAAAGCCGUCACUGACCACAAGGCUGAUGUACUGGAUUCAGAUAAGCUGCUGCUCCUGAAGGAUGCCAUCCGAGCCCAGACGGAGUACACAGUCAUGGCCAUAAAAGGGAUGGCCAUUGACAACCACCUGCUGGGGCUGCGGGAGCUGGCCCGAGACACGUGCAAGGAGCUGCCCGAGAUGUUCACGAACGAAACAUACCUGAUGAGCAACCAGUUUGUCCUCUCCACCAGCCAGGUGCCCACAACCAUGGAGAUAUUUUGCUGCUAUGGUCCUGUGGUGCCCAACGGGUAUGGUACCUGCUACAACCCCCAGCCAGAGUGCAUCCUUUUCUGCAUCUCCAGCUUUCGUAGCUGCAAAGAGACUUCUUCUGCCAAGUUUGCAAAAGCUGUGGAAGAAAGCCUCCUUGACCUGAGAGACCUCUACAGUCUGCCGCAGCUGGCCGUGGGCGAGCCCCUGGCGACAAAAGGAAAGGCAACAAGACCCAGCCGACCUUGACUCCUGCCACCAGCUUUCACCUCAGCAAAUCCAGCAUUCAGCAGUUGCCAGCCCCUGCUGAGCCCUGCUCCCAGUCCUCACCCCCACUUUCUGUAGCUCUCCUGUCUUCAGGGCCCAACACACAGACCACCCCUGAGGCAUCACACAAAGCUAGAGAGUUAGGAGGAAAGUGUCCCUCAUUAUGCAUGAGAAUUGUCAUUAUUUACCAAGGUGCCCUGGGCACUGGAAAGUAAGACCAUCCUGGCUCAGAGGCGGCCUGGGUGAGGUGAAGUCCACACUGACUUCGCUCCAUGGCCUCAGAAGCUUAAUGUGGGUGUUUGCUUCUCCAGCAGGACCCAGACUGUCCAGGGGAUGUUUUUGCCCAAUGAAAGAAUGACUCAUCUUACUACAUGCAGUGUACCUAAAUGAAUCAAGAAGGAAGAGGCUAACUCCAGGUCAUUACCUCUUCUCUUCUUGAGAGGAGUAGGGGGCUUUGUUUUCAGAUUUAAAAGGCAAUCUGAUCUUGGCAUUUCGGGUAGCCUGUGCUGAGCCAUAUAGUUAUGUAAGCACCCACUCCUCUACACACACACACACAUUAAUUUAAACUAUAAUGACUUGGGCCCACAAACACAUUUCUUCUUUUGCCUCCCAGGGCAGCCUUCCACUGAGUUCAGAAAAUCUGGACCAGCUAUUCUGAAAGAGAAAAAAAAUUGCCUCUCAUUGCCCUGGAGUAGUUGGUGCUCCCUGCUUCCCCAAGGGCAUCAGGGAUGGACCUGGUUGAGAAAUCAGCAGGGCCAGCAAGCAGGAGGGAUGGAGGGAGGAGCAGUCCACGGCUCUGGCAUCCUGCCACUUGCCUUUUUUCCCACAGCCCUUCACAGGAAACAUGCCUGAUAGGUGACCUGCCUUUUAGAGAAGAUGGCUAUCAGUUGUUCCUUGGUCUUGUUGUGUUCACUCUUAAGACAAACCACUGUGACAUCAAUUUCAGAAAAUGAUCUCAGUCGCCCAAGCAGAGCACACUUGGACAGUGGGCUUCUGUCGUGGAGGAUGUUAUCCAAGGAUUCUGACUAAAACCCGUGUUGGGGAGUGGAGAGCAGGGCUCUGCACUGGCCUUGGGGCUGGGAGCCAGCUGCUCCCAGGGAAUGGUCAGUUCCAGAGCCUGCCCUGAUGCAGGCAGACAGUCACAGAGCCAGAGUCGAGAUUGUCCUGAGAGGCUCGGAUCAUCCAGGAAAUGUGAGAGGCACUUCCUUCCAAUUGGCGAGAAUUUUUACGGGAAAUCUAAAAAGGCAAGGGAGCAGGUAAACCACCAGAAAAAUCACAACUGUAAAUAGCUGAGGCUGCUAACUGGCCACUAACCAGAGGAGGCACAGAGCUCAGCUCUCAGGGCUGCCAGGUCCCCUGUGAUCCCUGACAAGGGUGGUAGGGAGUGUUCCUGAAAAAGCCCUCCAUCCUCUAUCUAUCCUACUUGUGCUCAGCGUCAUUCUAAGCAGUGCCCCUGUUUCUGGGACCCUGCACGUGUCCUUUCUUUGGGCUUCUGUGCCAGCCCUCUGCACUUUCACCUGUACUGAAGCAAACAAGGCUGAGAUAAGCUCUUUGAAAAUACAAAGAGCCUCAAGCAGUGAAUUCCUUGAGCUCUGGUUUUAGAUUGAGGGUUUCUGUUGGAUGUUCUGGAAGGUUCUGGCAGUGCCCUUCAAAGGCAUUGGUCUGUAGUCCAUUCUCCUUCCCUCAGAUAUCCACCUUCCUGCUCCCCUUAGGAAGCUGCAGCCCAAGAGCCCCGGCAAUGUCUGGGGAGCUUCUGUCUGCCUGCUGUAAGUUGACCCAAAGACACUUGUCUGUUCUCACCAGUUAACCACAGUGCAGCUCUAAGUUCUCUUGUGGUUUCCACCCAUGGGUUUCUGGAAGGCAGAGACAUCUAGAUUGGGGAUCAGGCAGCUCUGCUGACCUUGGCCAAGAGACUUAAGCACCCCACCACUCAAUUCCCUCUGUCAUCCAAUGGGGGUAAGAACAACAUCCCGACCUGCAAGGAUGUAAGGACUGUGGGUCAUGCGUGUAAAGGGCAUUGCACAAGUAGGUGGGUACCAGUGCCCAGAGACAAGGUGACAUUACCCAGUGGGCACUGUUUAGAUGACUUUUGUUUCGAACUGUUUAUACUGAUUUAACAGAGCAAAUUCUCAUUUGCCAUUCUCUGAUCAUGGGGAAAGGAAACUGACUCUAUUCAGAUAUCAACCAUGCACUGUGAGGGUUUGAGAAGUGUGGAUGGCAGGAGGGAACACCUCCUUUCUCUGAGAAAGGGACUGGAAGCUGGUCUUCCCCCUCCAAAACAGGUGGGUGUGCUGAGUCUUUAUGCAAAGACAAUGCUGAGCCAUGGCCCUGGACAUCUCCAUGGGGACCCACUGGUACAGAUUUUUCCAAGUGUCCCCAAGAGAUGGAAAAUGAAACCUGGAGACAGUCAUUUUGGGGCAGUGAUGCAAAAUAAAAAUGUAUGUGGCCACCUUAUACUACUGCUCAGUUGCCAAAAUAUAUGAAGUCAUUUGAGUUCUAUUUUUCUAAAAUAGUUCUAGAUUUAUGGCAAUAUGUACAUGUGUAUUUAUAGCCUUUCCACUUUAAGUUAUAGUUUUGUGCUUUAAAGAAAUAUAUGUAUGACUAAAGAA